UUAAAUUCUACAAUCUAUCCGACAAUUUUCACCGUGAACCGGAGUCUUUCCCACAGAAAGUGGCGCGCGGAAAGCACAACUUAGGAAUGCUACAGCCGUUAUCUAUAUGGCACCAUUCUGCCCUCCCGUCAGUAAACUAAAAUUAAUUGGUGAACAACUAGGUGGAAGAGUUAUGUGCCAGUUAGCGCUGCUACCUGGCGGCUUCAGGACUAAGGGUUAAAGCGCUGCUCCUGCGCCGUGUGUACUUGCAUUGGUCCAGAAAAUACUCUGUCCCUGUGCUUCCAAGCCAGCCCCCUCAUGGGAACCAGGUUUAAAAAUGUUUGAAUGGACAGUGACUACGAAGACGGCGGCUCUCCUGCCCAUUGUCCUCACAAAACAGUAUCAAGAGGCCAAUGUGCCAUAAACAGGUGGCCGAAGAUACAGCAAGGACCCCCAGACCCCUACAGACUAGGCUUUGUCACUGUGGUUUUUUCAUUGCACAGGACUGUGAGAACAAAGUUAGCCUAGAGUGAGACGGUCGAGGUUCCAACCCCCCCCCCCCCCCUGAAAAUGUACGGCCUUUACCUGGAAGCAGUGAAUGACUACAUCAAUGAGUCCUACGGGGAGGAUGUGUGGAGGUUGAUCGAGGCCCGGGCCGAGAUUCCCCACUUAAAGUUUGUACGGCACCAGAUGCACAAUGACAAUCUGAUCCUCCGUUUGGCUAAGGCAGCUGGAGAAGUUCUGGGCAAGACUCAUGACGAGUUGAUGUACGCUUUUGGUGUCUACAUGGUAAAGAGGAUCGGCAAUUAUGGCUAUGAAAGAAUUUUGAAGGUACUGGGACGCAAUGUGAGAGACUUCAUCAACGAGCUCGACAACCUGCACGAGUACUUCCGCUUCUCCUUCCCCAAGGUGCAGCCGCCUAGCUUCUGUGUGGAGGAAGAAUGCGAGACCAGCCUCACGCUGCACUACCGUAGCACCCGGAAGGGUUUCACGCAAUUUGUCAAAGGACAGCUGUCCCAGGUGGGGCGACAGUUUUACAACACAGAUAUUGAGGUAGAAAUCCUGUCCAAGGAGGAAACAGAGAAAAUGACUUAUGUGGUCUAUAAGAUGAACUUCGACAAUGCUGCCUUUAAGCACCGUAUGCCCCAGCAGAAGACAGCCCCAGGAUAUGAGAAGCUGCCCAUGAAGCGGGGCAUAUUCUUCGACAUGUUUCCCUUCAGCGUCAUUUUCCGGCGGGACAUGACGAUGUAUCGCAUCGGAGAUGGACUCAAGGAGGUCUUCUCCGACUUGCAAGGGAAGAAAGUGAAUGAGGAAUUCACCCUCGUUCGGCCCAUGCUGGAAUUCAGCUGGGACAACAUCUACACCCACUUGAACAACAUGUUUGAGCUGCUCUCCAAGGCUGUAGUGGAAAGCAAGCAGAAGGUUAAUAUCCCGAAGCUGAGUAAGGAGGAGCCAGAAGAAAAGGAGGAAAGUGAGAAACCAAAAAAGGAAGAGAGAGACAUCAAGGCACUGGAGGAUAUGAAGGGGACAGACCAAGAGUACAGCAGUACUCUAACUCAGUGUAACUCUGCUGCUAACUCAGGAGGGGAGGACAUCGAACUGCUGGCUUUCCAGACGGUAACAGGAAAGUGCAGCGAGACCAUUUUUGAGGACAUGCGGGAGCCUCCCAAAAAGCCGCUUCAUCUCAAGGGUCAGAUGAAGUACGUCUCGCAGUGGGACUCUCUCAUCUUUCUUGGAACGCCCAUUAUUGAAACAGUGGAGGACAUGAUUAAAAUGGGAGUGUAUGUCAAUGACCUGAACCUGCAUGACUCCAGCAGAGAGCUCAUUUUAGCCGGAACGCAGCAGUCUGCGGAGCUGCAGCUCGCUCUCGACCAGGAGCAGCAGAAGUAUGCCCAGCUACAGGAGAUCAUUAAAAAGCUGGAUGAGGAGAAGAAGAGGGGGGACUCACUGCUGUAUGCUAUGAUCCCCAAGGCUGUGGCUGACCGCCUGAGGAAGGGGAUCACUGCGCUUGAGACCUGCCAGGUCUUCCCAGAUGUGACCAUUCUCUUCAGUGAUGUGGUGAAGUUCAACGAGAUCUGCAUCCACAUCACCCCUAUGCAGGUGGUGGACAUGCUAAAUGACAUCUACAUUGUGUUUGACACGCUUAGCGAGAAGCACCAUGUUUACAAGGUGGAGACCAUAAGAGACGCCUACAUGGUGGUGGCAGGUGUCCCCAACAAGACCACUUUCCAUGCCCACCACAUCUGUGACAUGGCCUUAGACAUGCUGAGCUCCAUCGAUCAUCUCAAAGAUCCUUCAACUGGAGAUAAUAUUCAGAUCCGCGUGGGGAUCCACUCGGGCAUGGUGGUGGCUGGCGUGGUGGGGCUGAAGAUGCCGCGCUACUGCCUGUUUGGCGACACGGUGAACACUGCCUCCCGCAUGGAGAGCAAUGGGGUGGGAAUGCAGAUCCACAUCAGCCAGACCACGAAGGACCACCUGGAACAUGAACCAUAUAUCAUUGAAGAGAGGGGCAAGAUCUUUGUCAAGGGGAAAGGUUACAUGAAGACAUACUGGCUGAAGGGGAAGAAGGAUCUGUCGUUUAAGACCCCGGCAGAGGUGCGCUAUAGCAGCGAGCAGCGGGACUCUGAGGAGAGGACCUCUAAUGGCUCUAAUGCCCAGCGCUCCGCCUCCAACCCCAAUAUACCCAGCGAACAGCAAGCAGAGGGGAAGCCCAACCUUACUGACCUGCCACCUGACACUCUGCCUCCCCUCGAGGGCACGACAGGGACCCCCGCCGUCUCCAUGGACCCCCAGGACAAGGGGAAAGCCAAAAAGACUAAGAACAGCAAAGGAGGGAAACUCGAGGCUGGGAACACGCAGGAGAGCAUGACCCCUGCUGGUAGCUCUGAGAAUGCAGGUCCAGAAAUCAAAAACAAGAAGCACAGUUUUAGGAACCAGUAUGCCCAGUUACCCUUCUCCCUCCCCAUACGCAGCACCACCUGUAGUUUGCUGUGAGAACUUCAAGAGUAUAAUCAGGGACUCUGUCAUACUUUUCUUCUGUUCAGUUACAGGCCCACUUGUUCUUAAAGAGAAAUAGCAUCUAACAUUAAUACAAAUAAGUUAAAUAAAUAAAGCAAUAGCACCCUAUUAUGUACUACUUAUUAAGUAAGAUCCAGUUUUAGUAUGCCAGUACCUACAAUUUUCAAGAGAUAUGCGUUAUAUUCUAAAUUUAUGGCGUGAGACAAUGGUUUGAGCAAUUGAUUUUCCAGAUAUCUUUGAAAAAAGGUGUUGUGCCCAGUAAGUUAGGAACGGUGAACUCUAACAAUUGGGUUCUGUUGUAUUUCAAGAGCACAUGUUUAAUAAAACUGAACAAUUAGUAUGCGAUAGACAUGUAAUAAGCUACGUUCAUGGCACACGUGCUAAAACAGGUUUGUAAACCUUACUGUCCAUAAACAGCAUGCAUGUGCUGACACCUGUUAUAUUUGCCUGUGAAUAUAAUCGCUGGUGGCUCUUUAAAUGUCUGUUAUGUAAUUUCUGAUUGUCAUUUCCCAUCCUUUCUGAUGCCGUCA